CUGACAGUUGGCAUCAGCAACCUUCCAGGUCCCGCCUCCUUUUCCCGCCAUUUCUCUGCCUUCUUAGAAGAGCUACUGAGGUUGGACCAGGAGGAUGGGAUUUUGGUCUUUGAUUCCUCGUUGCCUCUCUCUUGGAGCUUGGUAUCAUUCGGUAAUUUCUCCAGUGUGUUUUCAAAGGCUUUCAUGGCUGGAAUCGCUUUCUCCAGACUUUUGCCCGAGAAAGGAUCUGAGAGGAGAGAAAAGGCUUCCUUUGUAAAUGGCAGAAUUUGCCCAGGGGCACAGCUCCGUGAUGAAGAAGCAAGGCAUAAGGCAAGGAUCGCCUCCUGUUCAGGCUGGGAGCAAAGGAACAUCCUGGGAAAGAGGAAGCGUGCAGACGAGGACGGUGAAGGAUACGCUUAGUUCAGAGGCACAGCGCCAGGACUUUCGACAGUCCUGCUAUGAGGACACUGAGACACCCCGGGAAAUAUGCAAUCGACUCCACUCUCUCUGCCGCCGGUGGCUGAAGCCAGAGCAACACACCAAGGCCCAAAUCCUGGAUCUGGUGGUCCUGGAGCAGUUCCUGGCUGUCCUUCCUGCGGAUAUAGAGAACUGGGUGAGGGAAUGUGGGGCAGAGACCUGCUCCCAGGCGGUCGCCUUGGCAGAAGGGUUCCUCCUGAGUCGGGCAGAAGAGAAGAAGCAGCAAGAUCAGCAGCAGGAAGUCUUCAUGGGAGAAUCUGCUGAUUUCCCCGAUGUUGAGAAGGGUCCUUUUGGCUCCAGAGAGAGAAGGCAGCACAGAUGGACUUCUCAGAAACAGGAGGAAGAUGCCAUCACCUUGAGCUCCGAUAUGGAUAAGGUAAACUUUGAGGCAGUGUCCGUGUGUUUCAGUGAGGAGGAGUGGGCCCUGCUGGACCCGGACCAAAGGGCCCUCCACAGGGAAGUCAUGGAGGAGAACAGGUGGCUCCUGGCCUCUCUAGGUAAUUGUCAAGAGAAGGAGAAUGAAGAAGAACCAAGGAUGUCUUCAUUGCAAAAAGCGGAAUAUCCAUUGAAAGAAGAGAAGAAAACAGAAACUGAAAUUCAGGAGACAUGGAGGAACACAUCUUCUGCUUCUCAGUUUGAAGACAUCUGGGGAAUCUCUUUCCAAGAACUAUUAGACAAAGGAAAUGGCAGGAAUGAAUGCAUUUCUCCUUGUUAUGGGAGGAGCCUUGAUUUUAUAGACAGCCUUCACUUUCCGAUGGACAUUCAUGCCGAAAGAAUUCACAUGAGAAAACAAAAAUGUGUAUUUUUAGUGUGUGGACAGAACUUUGGGUGGAGUUCACCGUUUAUGUCAUACCAACAACCCCACAUGAGGGACGAUCCAUUUAAAAACGUGGAGUGGGGCCAAAGUUUCAGUCCAGGCGGGCAUUUCUUCCACCCUCACAAUGGGGAGAAACCCUUUCAGUGCUUGGAGUGCGGAAGAGGAUUCAGCCGGAAGUCGAACCUGACUGCGCACCAGUUAGUUCACACAGACGGGAAACCGUUCCAGUGCCUGGAAUGCGGGAAGAGCUUCCGGUGGAAGCAAAAGCUCACUCAGCAUCAAGUCAUUCACACGGGGGAGAAGCCCUUUCAUUGCCUGGAGUGUGGGAAAAGCUUCAGCCGGAAAUCAACGCUCAUUUCACAUCGCUUAAUUCACACCGGGGAGAAACCCUUUCAGUGUCUCGAAUGCGGAAAGCACUUCAGAUGGAAGCAAAAGUUCACCCAGCAUCAGCUAAUCCACACUGGGGUGAAACCAUUUCAUUGCUUGGAGUGCGGAAAGGGUUUCAGUCGCAAGUCCAACCUGAUUUCGCACCAGCUGCUUCACACCGGGGAGAAGCCCUUUAAAUGCCUUCAUUGCGGGACAGCAUUUAGAUGGAAGACGGAGCUCACGCAGCAUCAGUUGACACACGGCGGGGAGAAGCUGUUCCAGUGCUUGGAGUGUGCCAAGAGUUUCAGCCGGAGGUCAAGCCUCGUUUCCCAUCAGUUCAUCCACACCGGAGAAAAGCCCUUUCCGUGCCUGGAGUGUGGGAAGAGCUUCAGAUGGAAGCAAAAGCUCACCCAGCAUCAGUUGACUCACACCGGGGAGAAACCAUUUCGUUGCGAGUGUGGGAAGGGUUUCAAUCGCAAGUCCAACCUCGUGUCGCACCAGCUCCUCCACACGGGAGAGAAACCGUUUCCGUGCAUGCAGUGUGGGAAGAGCUUCAGGUGGAAGACGGAGCUCGCUCAGCACCAAACAACUCACACCGGGGAGAAACCGUUCCGGUGCACAGAGUGCGGCAAAAGUUUCAGCCGGAAGUCGAGCCUCAUCUCACACCAGUUGAUUCACACCGGGGAGAAACCGUUUCAGUGCCUGGAGUGUGGGAAGAGCUUCAGAUGGAAGCAAAAACUCACCCAGCAUCAGUUGAUUCACACCGGAGAGAAGCCCUAUCAGUGCGUGGAGUGUGGAAGGGGCUUUACUCACAAAAUAAGCCUCACUCGUCAUCAAAGAACUCACGCGUUUCCAUGCUGCCGGGAGUGUGGAAAGAGUGUUGCUCAAAAAAUAAGCCUCACUUCUUAUCAAGGAACUCACACAGCAGAGGAUUCCUUACUGUGUGUGGAUUGUACAGAAAGUUUGUGUCAGAAACCACACAUUCAUUCGGAAGAAAAGUUUUCCUUUGACAUUCGGCAACUCACACAGCAGACAAUAUAAAAUGCGAAUUGCUUGAGAGUCCAGCAUGUCUAAACUCAUUCAUUUAGAUCACAUUUGUCAAGCGCAAGACCUGCGGACCCAAAUGGACCUGCAGUGUCCUUUAUAUGCCUCUCCAGAUGCUGGAUUACAACUCCUGUGUUGUUUUGUCGAAGGCUUUCAUGGCCAGGAUCACAGGGUUGUUGUAUGUUUUUCGGGCUGUAUGGCCAUAUCCCAGAAGUAUUCUCUCCUGACGUUUCGCCCACAUCUAUGGCAGGCAUCCUCAGCAUUUAGGUGAUUAACUACAACAUUCACACUGACCUCUCUCACCCUAGACUUUCCACAAAUACAGUAGAGUCUCACUUAUCCAACACUUGCUUAUCCAACGUUCUGGAUUAUCCAACGCAUUUUUGUAGUCAAUGUUUUCUAUAUAUCAUGAUAUUUUGGUGCUAAAUUCAUAAAUACAGUAAUUACUACAUAGCAUUACUGCGUAUUGAACUACCUUUUCUGUCAAAUUUGUUGUAUAACAUGAUGUUUUGGUGCUUCAUUUGUAAAAUCAUAACCUAAUUUGAUGUUUAACAGGCUUUUCCUUAACCCCUCCUUAUUAUCCAACAUAUUUGCUUAUCCAACAUUCUGCCGGCCCGUUUAUGUUGGAUAAGUGAGACUCUACUGUAUAUAUUUACCUCUUUGCUUAGUUUUCUCCAUACCUCACAACCUCUGCGGAUGCCUGCCAUAGAUGUGGGCGAAACGUCAGGAGAGAAUACUUCUGGAACAUGGCCAUACAGCCCGAAAAACAUACAACAAUCCUGUGUUGUUGUAUGCUUUUUGGGCUGUAUGGCCAUGUUCCAGAAGUAUUCUGACAUUUCACCCACAUCUACCUCUGCGCAUGCCUGCCAUAGAUGUGGGCGAAACGUCAGGAGAGAAUACUUCUGGAACAUGGCCAUACAGCCCGGAAAACACACAACAACCCUGUGAUCUCGGCCAUGAAAGCCUUCGACAUACAACUCCUGUGUUCCUCAUCAUUAGACAUCAUGUCUAGAGCUGAUGGGAGUUGGGAUACAGUUACAUCUGGAAGGCUGCAAUUUGGACUGUGAGAGUGGGGACUGAGUUUAGAUUCAAGGCUUAUGAAUAUGAUGCCGGGCUUCAAAAUGUUCUUUAGCCUUUCCCCAACCUCAGAGACACAAGGGCUGUUUAGGUUGCAAUUCCCAUUAUCCUCAAUCUGCAUGGUGGAUAAUCAAAAGUGAUGGGAGUUGUCGCUCAAUAGCAUGUGGGAACCCAAACUGGGUAAAAACUAAAGAGCCAAAACAAUAUUUGCCCACAAACACAACGAUAUACAAUGUCAAUGGUAAAUCAAUUGUUAUAUACAGUAUAAAUUCGUAUUAAAUAUAAUUUACAGUUACAACGGUGUUGCUCUGUACAUCCGAAUAAUUUAUAACUUGAACAAUGCGAGUUCUAUGUAUAAACUUGCUGCUUGUAAAAUCAAUAUGUUGAACCGACGGGCCCAGAUACCAAAACCAGUUUUGACUCUUAAGUCUUCCUCAGGUGAAUUUAUCUGUGAAUAUUAUAUUAAAUUAACAAGAGCGUGUACCUAUAUCCACAUAAUACAGUUAUGAAUCUAAUUCAAAUACUCACAAUUUUACAUUCUCAUGAAAAAAACACUUUACAUCCCUUUCAACUGUUUGUAUUCAUGUAUCCUUUUUCAAUGGUGGGUUCUAAACAAAAGGAACAAACAGUGGCUGAUACCAAUUGACAAUAUAAAGGUUAGAAUUUAAGAUUUUGUGUGUGUGUGUGUGUGUGUAUAUAUAUAAUAUAUAUAUAUAUAUAUAUAUAUAUAUAUAUAUAUAUAUAUAUAUAUAAAAUCCACAUACUGUGAAGAUAUUAUUACCGCUAUAUUAACUCCUGUUUUAUUGUCUUACUGUGUUUUAUCUUUUGUAUAUUGUGCAAUGUAUUUAUGCUGUUGUUUCUGUAAAUUAUGCUGGUCGGGCCUUACCCCAUGUGAGCCACCCGAGUCCCCAUGGAGAGAUGGUGGUGGGGUAUAAAUAAAGUAUUAUUAUUAUUAUUAUUAUUA